UGUUGUGGUUGAGACUGUGGUGACGGUUGUGGUCGCGGCGAUGGUUCGUUCCGUCGUCGCUCCUCUCACCGUUGGGUCUCCUGCUGCUGGUGUUGGCACUGUCAGCACCUCUGGCGGUGUCGAUUUCGGUGGUGGUUUGUUGUGGUGUGGAGGAUAAGGGAGGAAGAGCGGGUGAGGUGCCUUCGUCCUCCUCCUCCACCACUGUCUACAGCUCCACCACUUCCACUGCAUCUUGAACGAGGUGGACUGGAUGCGUCUGCUUACUGGCGUGGCGUACGAGCACCACCACUACUACCAUCACCACUACAAUCACCGCACCACCAUUCCAGCCUCUUGUCCACCCCCAUAACCUCCCGCACCACCAUUGUAUCACCACUGCCACUACCAUUAUCACCAACAUAACUGUACAUUCGUCAGGAGAAAUAUUAUACACUCAACCAUCCAGUCAGUCAGUCAGUCAGUCGGUCAGUCAUCCAGCCAGCCAGUCAGUCAGUCACCCCACAUUCACACACUCACAUGCACGCUACAAACUCCACCAAAACGUCAUCUUCGCCAAACGUCAACAAAACUCGCAAGAAGAAAUAGAUCAGUAUGCCGUCCCUACCUCGUCACCUCCCCAUCCCAUCACCUCCUCCCCUUCGCACCGUCGCAAGUGGUGCAAACGCUAUCCCAUCCUUUCCCAUCCUCUCAUCUUCCUUAUUCCCCGUCCUUACCCAUUCCUUUCCCCUUCACCUCCCCAUCCCUUCACCUGUCCCCCUUCGCACCGUGGCAAGUGGUGCAAAAGUUACCCCAUCCUUUCCCAUCCUCCUUCCUUCCCCAUCCCUCACUUCCCAUCAUCCCCAUCCUUACCUAUAUCCUCCCUUCCCUUCACCUCCCCAUUCCUACAUCCACACCCAUCCUGUUGCUGCUACUGCGACUGUGACUACUACUACUGCUACUACAACUACUACUACUACUACUGCAUCGACUGCAAGAUCAAGAGUGCUUCUCCUAUUGCCCCAUCCUUGCUGCGAGAAGAGAGGAAGGGAAGGGGCGGAAAGGAGGAAAAUGCAGCGGAAGUUGGAAAAGAGAGAGCCCAUGGAGGUGUAUGUUGACGAUGAGGCCAAGCUGACCCUCCACGGCCUACAGCAGCACUACGUCAAGAUCAAGGAGAAUGAGAAGAAUAAGAAGCUGUUUGAACUUCUCGACGCGCUGGAGUUCAACCAGGUGGUGAUCUUCGUCAAGUCAGUGCAGAGGUGCGUUGCGUUGGCCACACUGCUGGUGGACAUGAACUUCCCGGCCAUUGCCAUCCACCGUGCCAUGCAGCAGGAGGAGCGGCUGAGCAGGUACCAGCAGUUCAAGGAUUUCCAGAAGCGGAUCCUUGUGGCCACCAACCUGUUCGGGCGAGGCAUGGACAUCGAGCGCGUCAACAUUGUGUUCAACUACGACAUGCCGGAGGACAGCGACACCUACCUUCAUCGCGUUGCCAGGGCCGGGCGAUUUGGCACCAAGGGGCUGGCCGUCACCUUCGUCAGCGAGGAGAGUGACGCCAAGACCCUGAAUGAGGUGCAGGAGCGCUUCGACGUCAACAUCACGGAGCUCCCUGACGAGAUUGACCUGUCAUCGUACAUUGAGGGACGCUAGAGUGUGCCUGUCUCUAUGAGAUAACGCUCAUGUGUGUACCUGUGUAUGGAUGUGCCUGUGUGCGUGUGUGACCAUGUGUGUGAGCAGGAAUCAUCUGUGCAGGCUUGUGUUUGUCUGCAAAAUGUGUGUGUGUGUUUGUUUGAGUGCACAACUGAAUGCAUGUAAGAAAGAAAGCGUGCGUGUGUGUGUGUGUGUGUCAACCCCAAACGGAAAAAUCAUGCAGUUUGAAGGCUUUUUAAUAUUAAGUCCCUUGUGUCAACCCUUUGCCUCACCCCAGUCACGUCAUCAGAGUCUCGCUGCGCCGAGUCUUUUAUCUUUCUCCACCUUAUCGUACCGUAGCCAAAGGAUCAUUUUAACUUGAGGUUCAUCCAUUUGUUCUUGUGUGUCAUGUCAGCAGAGAACCCACUUAGAAAUGAGAUAAGAAAUAAUGCACUCUUGUAGUAGAUAAGUUUGCUGCAAAGUUGAUUUAGAAGCGAAGAUAACCUCAUUGAAUUCUGAAACUAGGAGGUACAACUGCUCCUUAUGUAGAUGUAGAGUGGAAAUGUUUAAGUGAAAAAAUAUGUAAAGGUCGAAAUGUAAUUGUUAGUGUCCAUGAUGGUAGAGUAGGUAAUUUUAAAUCCUCAGAUGUGUCUUUGAGAAACCUGGCAUUGUUCUAACCUCCAAAACCCUGUAAUCAUAAUCUAUUUUUACAUACUGUGACAUCUAUCCUCAAUGUCAGCUGUUAAUAGCACUGUGGACCUCAAUUCCCAGUCAUGUAUUGCAGAUUUAAAGUCAUAACCACUACUGCUGUUACUACUAGGAGCUAUCAUGUGUUCUGCUGUGUUAUGUAGGUGGUACUUCAGUGGGAUCUAAGUAUCAAGUCAAUAGUAAUGGAUUUUGGUCAUAUACUAAGUUGAUAUUAUCUUUAACUUACUAUAGACACAAGAUUAGUUUUCUGCCAUGUAUUUUUUAACCCAUAAGAACCUCUCAUGUUCACUUCAGUUGUAUUAAAAAAUCAAGUUAUA